AUGGUUGCAAUAAUCAGUGCUUCUGCAACAGCUGUGCCACCAUUCCUUGUGUUUCCUAGGGUGCAUUUUAAAGAUAACGUGCUGCAUAAUGCCCCGCCAGGCUCUGGAGUUGAACCCACUGCCUCAGGCUGGAUGAACAGUGAACUAUUUUUACCAGUCCUGCUGCUCUUAGUAAAACAUGAAAGUCCUACAAAGGAACAUCCUAAGCUCAUCAUUCUUGAGAAUCAUGAAAGCCACACAAGCAUAGCAGCAAUAUCAUAUGCAAAAGGAAAUGGAAUUAUUUUGCUUACUUUGCCUCCUCACACAAGUCAUAAGCUACAACCUCUGGAUGUCAGAUUUUUGCAUCUUUCAAGAAGUUCUAUAAUAUAG